UUUUUCCAAGAUGCACCUGUAAACUGAGGUGGAAAGAUGCCGCGCACCAAACAGAACAACCCGAAAAAUUUAAAAGAUAAAAUUGAAGAGGCACAGAAGGAGCUUAAAGACCCCAAAGGCUCACAGAAAGGGAUAUCUGACAGCAGUCGAAGAAAUGCAGAUAACAUAAAAGGCCUGAAGAGGAAAAAGGUUGUUUCAGAAAAUCAGCUAAAGAAAAUUCCUAAAUCUCCAGUGAAAAAGCCGCUCCAGUUGAAAACAUCCGAAACUGUCCCCCACGGAGCAUCACCCAAGGAGACUGCACCAUCUUGCUCGUCCUCUUCCAGCAGUCCUUCCCACAAUCGUCCAACAUCACCCAGUGGGACAAGAGACCCACAAUAUGCCCAACCAGCUGCAGCAUCCCCUAAUAAGGGGUCCUCUUCUGCUGAUGCUGAAAGGCUGAAGCACGAAGAAACAUCUUCUAGGCCGCCAUCACUUGAGCCCAUCGAUGGUGAGGAGGGCUCUUUGAUAACUGCUAAAGUGUCUCAGCCCAGCGACAGCAAGAGCCAAGACCCCGGCACUGAGGGAGAUCCUUACCACAGCAGUGCUCCACUUGACGUCCUACUUAAGGCCAUGGAGCCUGACUUUAGUACACUGGCUGAGACAAAAAACUCUUUGCAGGUCACAGCCCUUGGAAAACCAGCUUCCACCCUCCAUGUUCAGUCCAGUGAUGAAUUACCAACAGUGCCACCUGUCAAUGUUGGUCUCCAGACCCAGCAUUCCCAGAUGCAAACUUAUUACAUUGACAAACAAGGCAACUUUAUUGGCAUUGCUGCACCACUACAGGGAAAUGUGCAGACAUCAACACAGGGUACCCCUAUGCAGCCCUCCCCACUUGCUACACCAUGUUUUAUGCCUGUUGCUUCAAAUCCAGGAAAGCCUAGCUUGCAUAUGAGCUUGAAUACUGGACCAUCCACUAUAACUCAUGCACCUGCUCCCUCAGGCUCCAAUGCUUUGCCACAAAGCCAACCACCAGUUGUGCACACAUGCCAGUCCCUCUCCGCAAGUGUUCCCAGCACCAUUCAGGUCCCAGUUACACCUGGCAGCAACCAAGUUCAGAUGACCACUGUAAUGAACUUUGGUGCUGAACAGAUUUCCAAGGACCAAAAGCCCAAGAAGCCAGGAAAGUAUGUUUGCGAAUACUGCAAUCGGGCAUGUGCAAAACCCAGUGUCCUCCUCAAACACAUCAGGUCUCACACAGGAGAAAGACCAUACCCCUGUGUUACUUGUGGCUUCUCAUUCAAAACCAAGAGCAACUUGUACAAGCACAAAAAAUCACAUGCUCAUGCCAUAAAACUGGGUCUCAUUGGACGUUCUGAAUCUGGAGGUGGCUCGCUGUCUCAAGAAUCUGACAAAGCUCUCGGGACACAUUCAGAGGCAGAGGAAAGUGGAGACAGUGAUGAGGAAGGCAGCACUGCAGACUUGGACCCUGACUCAUCACAGAGCAGUGUGGCAGCUUUGUCUGAAAGUAGUUUACAGAGUGCAGCUGUAACCCAAGGAAGCCAUGGGGAAGUGGACUCAUCAGCUGUGUUUGACUCAGUCAAGCCAGCACCUUGCCAGAGGAGCCACGAUCCCAAAGUAACAGCUGCACUUCCAAAAGUUGUUGUAUACCCAGUGAAUGUCUCCCCUCUGAGGGCAGACAGUCCGAGAGUUACAGGUGCAGCACCCGAGCAAGCUGCUGCACAGCGGCAACGGGACUUCCAGACUGCCAAUCUGAGAUCAAACAUCACAGUCCUGUCAUCUCUGAAAGAGGUGGAUGGUACAAAUCCCUCACUAGAUACUGUGAGUGAAGAUGAAGACCAACAGUGCAAGUCUCCACUGUUAGGUGGACAUGCUCAGCUUCAGAGGCAGCAAGCAACAGACUUUUCUCAACAGCAGCAGGUUAAGUGUCUACUCAGUCCCCGUAGUUUGGGAAGUACCGAUUCUGGCUACUUCUCACGGUCUGAGAGUGCUGACCAGGCCAUGAGUCCACCCAGUCCUUUUGUAAAGAUAAUGCCACCAGUAGACAUUGACAGUGCCAAGAAUCCUCUUCCCAAUGUCCCUCCUAUGGUUGCCACAGUAAUGCAUGUAGCAGCUGAGCAAAAGCCACAGGCCACAGAAGGACAAAUGCGUCCACCAUUAGAGGCCAAAGCACUCUCUCUGGAGGAACGGAUUUCCAAGUUGAUAUCUGAUAAUGAAGCGGUAGUUGACAACAAGCAGCUGGACAGUGUAAAGCCAAGGAGGACAUCACUCUCGAGGAGAGGAAGCAUAGACUCCCCUAAAUCAUACAUAUUUAAAGACUCUUUUCAGUUUGAUCUUAAACCAAUGGGAAGGAGGUCAAGUUCUAGCUCAGACAUCCCCAAGUCCCCCUUCACUCCCACAGAUAAAUCAAAGCCAGUAUUUCUUCUCUCUGUACCUUCUCAAUACCCACCAAUGGACUGUUUGCCAAUUACAAGGAGUAACUCUAUGCCCACUACACCAGGGCAUUCUGCUCUUCCCCUUAAUGUUGCCCCCAUCCCCCACCCUCUGCGAAUUUGUCACUCAUUUGAUGAUAAAAUUAGUUUGUUGAAUGAUGAUGUAUUUUCGUCUGCCCCAUCAACCCCAAAUCCGGCAAUACAUUCUCGUACCUUAGUCAGACAAGCAGCAGUGGAUCACUUUUCCACAAGUGAGGGGCAUGGCCUCCCUACUGUUCGCUCCAUGGAUGAGGGCUAUCAUGGUCCAAGCUGUUCCACAGAGCUGAUGCAAAGAAGCAGAUCUUUUGAGCAGAGCCAGGACAGAAACAGGAAGCCUCUGCAGAAUAAAGGUACAAUGUAUGAGUGUGAAACCUGUCGUAAUCGGUACAGAAAGUUAGAGAACUUUGAAACACACAAAAAAUUCUAUUGCUCUGAGCUUCAUGGUCCAAAAAACAAACCAAUUGCUGUAAAGGAAAGUGAUCAAGAUGUUUUUUAUGUUAAUGUACAGCAGACUGUAGUUCCUAGACCAUCUUGUGGCUCAGGAAUACUUGAUCAGCAGACAUCAAUUAGGAAGAGAAGGAAAAUGAAGAGUGUUGGAGAUGAGGAUGAUCAAUCCCCAACUGAUACCAUUCCACCUUGUUCGGUUAGUUUUGAGCUACCAACAGCUCUGGCAAGUCGGACUUUUUCUCAGCAUGCUGUAAUAGUAGACAUACAGCCAAAAAACAACCAGUCAAAGCUACCUCAGAUUCAACUCAUAGCAAGAGGUAUGAAUACUUCAGAUUCCAGACUGUCACCAAUACGAGAGACCCAGAUCAGCACCUCUACUAAAGGAGACAUACAAAGGCAAGGCAGUGGUACUUCAGUCAUUAGACACACCAAUUCUCUCAGCAGGCCCAAUUCAUUUGAGACAGAAACUAUUGACAGGGCCUCUCCUGUUGACAGCAUAGAGAAAGAUCCCCUGAAUAAGGCCAAAACAGAUCUAACAGCAAGUGUUUCAGCUGACAGCUACCAUGAAAAAAUGUCCAAACCCAAGAGUGCUGACUAUGGAAAUCAAAGGAAGGAACAAUGUAGUGGUGGCACAGUACUGGCAAUUGGGGAAAGUUCUACUCCUGUUCAUCAGUCUCGUCUGGUUCGCCAAAACAACAUCCAAGUUCCUGAAAUUCUGGUCACCGAGGAGCCUGACAGGGAACAUGAAACGCAGACUACUGAACCAGCAGAUAAGCCCACAGAUCAGUUCAACUGGCCUCAGAGAAGUGAGAGUUUGUCAAAGUUACCAGCAGAGAAACUUCCGCCUAAAAAGAAAAGAAUUCGUCUUGCUCAAAUGGACCACUCCUCAGGUGAGUCCAGUUUUGAGUCCAGCCUCUCACGGAGCCUCAGUAGAGACAGUAGCCUUUCUCGUUGUUCCAGCAUCUCAGCCUCUUUUGACAGAGAUGAGCCAUCUAGGUCAGACAGUCCUUCCAGAGGGGAAUGUGUCAGCAAAAUUACAGAGCCUCAAGGUUUGCCAACAGCCUUCAACACCCUCGGUGUGCCUGGAAUGAUGAGACGUGCUGCAUCUGAACAGAUCACUUGUACUCAACCUUCUGUGGAGAUUUCAUGUGAUUACCGGAGCAAGUCCUUUGACUGUGGCAAUGUAUCCCCAAGCAGAUCCCUAUCACCUGUUGGCCAGCCAAAAAGUGGACAGGUUGCCCAAGUGCCACUAAUUGAAAGAAGGCGGGGGCCAUUAGUUCGCCAAAUGUCUUUAAAGAUAGGCCCAGAGAGUCAGCAGCCUGUUCGGAAAGCUGUAGAUAAACCUCCCAUAACAAAUGUUAGCUCUGUAACUCAGAAUAGGUGCCAGCAGAUUCACAUUGCCAAUGGAGGGACUAUGACUCAGCCUUUUGUUCCGCAUAGUGGAGAAACACCCUUGCAAAAGAAUGAGCAAAUGGUGCAGAGCAUUCAUUUGGGUAGCACAACUCAGCAGCCUCAGGUCCAUGGCCUUCCACACCCUUGGCAUCAAAUAUCAAGGGUUCAAAUAUGCCAAAAAAUACAACCACUGAACCAGAUCUUAGUUUGUCGUGAAAAUGACUCGGUGGAAAAAUGUUUUGUGCCCAAAUACCAACUGCAGUGUCCCGCUCUGAGACCAAGCCAAACAUUUUCAUUCUCCAACACACAGGGAAGUCAGAUAGCCUUGCCAGUUUUAACAAUACCUAUUGCCAGUCCGCUUUUGAGCAUUUCAAAAUCAUCAGAUAUAAUCCAAAAUGUAUAUGUUGCUCAAACGAAUCAACAAACUUCUGAAAUUAAGACACAGACUGUCAUUUUGUCAGGGGAACAACAAAAGGAACAACUUGAUCAGACCCAAGCAGGUGCUAUUCCAUUGCCACAGAUCCUGAUAACGCAUGAGCAGCUCCACCCUCCUCUCUCUGUGCCCAGUAAAAAUAGUCUCUCAUCCACUCACAGUGUAGACAGUGAUACUCAUGCUGUACCAGCUGCAAAGAAGGAUAAAUAUACAGGGGAACAUGCAACUUCUCUUGGGUCUUCACACUGCACACAGAAACCGGCAUCGGUAACUCUAUGCCCACAGCAGGAACCCACUGCCUCAAGUAAACGAAUGCUGUCACCUGCCAACAGCCUGGACAUCUACAUGGAAAAGCACCAGAAACGAGCCAAGGAUGAGCAUGGUGUGGCCUGUUUAACUGACAGCAGAUCAGUCAAUUACCUUAAUUCCAAGAUGUCAGAGGUGACCCGACAGCGGAAGCUAACACUUGUCAGGCAAGUUUGCACAACUGAACCUGUGGACAGUCCCAUUGAAACAGAGGCUCCACCUCUGCCCCAGGUUAAAGCAGAUGGGGAGAAGGACUCGGAGGCUACUGAUGACAUAAAACCCAUGUCACCUGACAGUGCAGGGCUGGAAAAAGACACAAUCACUGUUAUUCAUGAAGAGACAGGUCCUGCACUCAGUACCACACCUGGUAAUCAGAGUACCUCAAUGCCAGCUAGCAAUACUCUGAGGCCCCAAGAGAAAGCCGAGGAACUGAGGUGGACUCCUGCUAAAUCUCCUAUUAGGCCUUCCAGCUUCCAUGGCGGACAGAUGAAACUGACCACAUCUGUGUCUGUCGUUAACACAAAAGACAGUCACCGUCUGUCUUUCCCCAGCCUGAAGACUGCCACCACUUUCACAUGGUGUUUCUUGAUGAAGAGGAAACCUCUUCAUGUUCCACAGACUGGCCUGAAGACUUCAGCAUAUGCUGCCUGGCCAGUUGUCAGCCCCAACAACCCUAACCCACUUGGGUUGCCCACUAAGGUGGUCAUGUCUCUGUUCGACUCCAAACAGAGCUCCAAGAAAAUACACUACACCUCAGCCAUAAGAACCAGCGGAAAAUCUGAUAUCUUGUCUUACUCGGGCAAGCUGAAAGAUGUCAUGCCAAGGGUGCCAGUAACCCCAAAGUCUGUGUCAGCUGAAACCAGAACUAAUCUGCAACCUGAAACCCAGGCCAGCAAUGACUCGGACAAGGACUUGGCAUCUAAAACAGAACCAAGACGGGUCAAAAUUUUUGAUGGCGGGUACAAAUCUAAUGAGGAGUAUGUUUACGUACGUGGGCGUGGACGUGGUAAAUACAUCUGUGAGGAAUGCGGGAUCCGCUGUAAGAAGCCCAGCAUGCUGCGCAAACACAUCCGCACCCACUCUGAUGUCCGGCCAUACCACUGUGUCCACUGCAACUUCUCUUUCAAGACAAAAGGAAAUCUGACCAAGCACAUGAAGUCUAAGGCCCACAGUAAGAAAUGCAUGGAGAUGGGGGUGCCUGAGGGUCUCAUUGAGGAUCAGGAUGCUGACGACUCUGGAGACCGCAGUCAGGUGAGCAGUGCUGACCGUCAAGAUUCAGAUGGUGAUGACUCUGAUGGCCCCAAUGAUGAGGAGAAUGAUGACAACGAAGAGGAAGAAGAGGACAGCCAGGCAGAGUCUGGCCUAUCUACCAGCCCUUCUGUCUCUGCCAGCCCACAACAUAUCCCUUCAAAAGAGGCUGAAAUCCCUCCUAGCACCCUCUUAGCCCAGAUGUCAAUCAGCUCAGUCUCCCUCCCUUUAACCCAGCCUCCAGCUCCUGAAUCUCACACAUCAGAUUCAGAAUCUGUCCCCAUGAUGAGUCCCGUGUCCCUGAGCAAGCAGAUGUCUAUCUCUGGAUCUUGCUGCAGCCAAAUGCCCCUCCCUAACUCUCCUCCACCUGUUGCCACCACAUCAGAGCCCAGUAUCUCAGACACAGAGUCAGUGCACAUGAUGAGCCCAGUGUCACCAUGCAGGCAGAUGUCCAUUGACUACCCUGACUUUGAUGUGCCCCCUAGUCCCCCAGUGCCAGACAAGAGCGCCAAGCUAGGCCAGGACACCUCCUGCAUCACUCCUGCAUUGGGGACCAGUGAAUCAGGCAUACCAGUGGACCGCAGCACUCAGACUUCCUCCUAUGUUUCUCAAGGUCCAACACACUUUCCUUUACAGAGUCUAUCCCAAACACCAGGAACAGAGAACCAGACCCAUCUGUUUAGUCACCUGCCCCUGCAUUCCCAGCAGCCCUCUCGCUCUUCUUACAGCAUGGUCCCUGUUGGUGGGAUCCAGCUAGUACCUGCUGGCCUGGCAGCUUACUCCACUUUUGUGCCAGUCCAAGCUGGCCCUGUCCAGCUCACCAUCCCAGCAGUAAGUGUCAUUCACAGAAACACAAGCCCGUUACCAACUCCCAACACUCCACCACAACCGGAGGGCUUGCAGACUCAGCCACUUCUGGUGCAGGAACCAAUCAGUAGUGUUGUACCGUGCUUCCCCCUCGGGCAGGUCACUGGCCUGCAGGGUCAAACGAUACAGCCGGUGGGUCUAGAGACAAUUAAUCUCAUGGGGCUGACCAACACAGGCCUGGCAUCCACCCAGCUGCUGCCCCAGCAAGGGCUCACCCUCAAUGCCACCCUCGGGCUGCAGGUUUUGGCUGCCAACCCCACCUCCCAAAGCAGCACCGGGCCCCAGACACAUGUCCCAGGUUUACAGAUAGUUAACAUUGCUCUGCCUGCCAUUAUUCCUUCUCUCAGCCCUCUCGCCGCACUUAGUCCUCUCCCUGGAUCAAGUGAGAGGCAGGGCAGCCCUGAAGCUCCAGGAGCACAGCCAUCUCAUAAUGAACACUGGCUUGGUUCUUCGCGAGGCUGUAUGCCAGCUUCGCCACCCGCCCCUGUGAAGAUCAGCAGCUCUUCAGAACUGACCUCAGGCAGCAGUGGCAAAGAACCCACACAGACUGUUGGGAUGGAAAGGGAUAAAUCCCCACAACAACAUCCGUCACCAGCUCCUGAGAGCCGAGCAGACGGUGCUAAGGAGCCACCAGCUGAGGGAGCUAGUGAUGUUGCUCCUCCAAGACCACCACCAGUGACCAGCUGGCACAAGGUAAUUGAUGACUAUAAUGAAUUAUCCAGUGAUGAUGAAGACAGGCUGGUCAUUGCCACCUGAAAACCCCAAGUGGAAAGCGCUUCUUGUUAUCUUUUUGGAAUUCUUGUCACGUUGCGAGACUAAAAACACUUUUCAGGGGUUUGUUUCCUUGCAAAUCACCUUUCAAAGCACAGAUGCUGACAUUCAUAUUGUAUGUGCAAUCACAUGAUGAUGAUUAUAAUGAUGACCAAUCAUUUUAUUUUUACUUUUUUUGUCAGCUCCAGACAAUUUCUUUUUUUUGUACAUGUUGUAUAGACAAUUGUGCCUUUUAUGGAGUUUCUUGUUUAGAACCUGUACAUAAUUCCUUAUAAAUUCAGUAGUCGCUGGUGUUUAUUU